GGUGGAGACAAGUACUCUGCGGCUACGGGAGCCGGCCGUUUGGCUAAGGGUCCAAAUGAAAUCAUUUGAGAGCAUUGAUUCUGCUGUUCCAAGGUCCAGCCGGGACCUCUGGGCAGAAAUCUGUUCCUGUUUGCCAAAUCCUGACCAGGGGGAUGAUCCUAAAGAUGCCUUCUCUGACUCCUUCAUGGAUUUAUCUUCUGGGGGCGAAAAUGAGAAAGAAGCUGCAGACUUGACCAUUCGGCCUGAUCUCAAACCUUGGGCUCCAUUGCAGGAUUCAGAAAUGUACUUAGCAUCUCUAGAGAAGAAACUAAAAAGAAUUAAGGGUUUAAGCCAGGAAGUGACUUCCAAGGACAUGCUUCGUACCCUUGCUCAGGCCAAGAAAGAAUGCUGGGAUCGAUUCCUUCAGGAGAAGCUAGAAUCUGAGUUCUUUAUGGAGGGCCUUGAGUCUGAUGAGAGUACUUUGGAACAUUUCAAGAGGUGGCUGCAGCCAGACAAAGUGGCCAUCAGCGCCGAGGAGAUACAGUACCUGAUUCCGCCAGAGUCGCAGUCUGAGAAGCCUGGGGAGGAGCCAGCAUCUGUGGAACAAUAAACCACACACACACACACACACACCACGCAGCUGUCACAGGUCCCUGGGGACCAGUGGAGUUCUCAGCAGCAAGUAAUGAAAGGAGAGUUGAAGGUUAAAAAAAAAGAGAAGCAGCCCAAAUUUCUACUCUGCAAAGCAAACAGCUGCAGGCCCCUGAAGACCAGCUUGGGAUUUAGCAAAUGUGAUUGCUUUGGAUGAAUUGACUGGUCCAGUGCAUGCUGCACCCAAAUUUUGCUUUUCUCUCUGUUGUUUUGCAGCUUUUCCAAGCCCUGAAGCUGCAGGUUAGAUCUUUGUUAGCAAUCUGAUGAAGGACCAAGCAUGGAAAAUGCUUGGAGAAAUUGAGGUCCUAGGCUUGAAUGGACAAAUUAUGUGAACUUUUCCCCUUCCUUCAUGGGUAAAUGAACUCAGAGCUCUCAUAUUGCUGGUUGUAGCCCUACAUGGCAAGAGAUUCCUGUUUAGUGGAACAAACCUAUCAAACUCAGUGUUCCCUGUUCAUGUUCCAAACACCUCUUUAAUUUUGUAAGGGCAUAGGGGAGGCACAGGCUGUCUUUUCAGAUGCCAACCUCUCUCAGAUUCUACUCAAUGUGCUAUGCAGUGAUAUUAAAUAAUACCACUUACCUGA